CUCCCACGCGCUGCAGAGGUUGGACGCUCUAGCCCGUGUUUUCUCACGUCUCUAUAGCGGUGGUGGGUGACGUCACCCGAAGCGGGGCUGCAGAGUCACCGCCGAGUGCUGUACGCAAACGACGAGUGUUACGGUGUUACCCCGAGGCUGGUGUGUACUCUACUCCCGGUGCCUGCCAGGACACGGCCUCCAUGAUUUCAACUACAGUUCUUGCUUUCAUAUCUGCCUGCACAAGUCAGUGAUGGAGUCAGAAGCCAAAGACGGGGAUGAAGAAAAUCUUCAGAGUGCGUUUAAAAAGCUGCGCGUAGAUGCUGAUGGGUGCACAGCGUCCUUGUGUGCGGUUGACGGCUGCAAUACAAGAACAUGUGGGAGAACUACUUUAGAAGACACAAAGGCUAAAGUUUUGGGCCCCCAUAAGGAAAGCUGGCAUGGAUCGACAAGAAAAACUACAAGAGGAGCCGGAAGAACACCACGUAGAAGACGCUCUAAAUCCCCAGUACUUCAUCCGCCAAAGUUUACACACUGCAGCACAAAGACAACUUGUAGCUCACAACUAAAGCACAAGAGCCUUUGUGACGCUGUAGAUGGAAGUGUCCCCAUCAGCCGAUCAGCUGCAAGUGAUCCACCUAGCACUUCUCGUAGUGCCAAUGGCUACAUGGGAUUUGGCCUCAAGCCCUCUGGGGAGCCUGCAUCAGAGACAUCUUCCCAGUUGGGGAAGAUAAGUUCUUCAGUUUCCUUGGAACCCAGAGCAAGUUUAAAGGCCAGCCUCCCCUCGGAUUUUCACUCUGUAUCUGAGCUCAGCACAGAUGCAAAUUGUACUUGCAACGGUAGUGACUGCCAGUGCGAUAACUGGCAGAACAUGGAAGUGUACUCCUUUUCAGGCUUGCGGGACAUGCUAACAGAAUGUGAGAAGACUGUGAAGGAGGAUUGCUCUCAGCCUUUACAAAACAGAACUCAAACCGUGGGCAGCGGUGCUUCUGGAUCUCCACGUUCCUGCUCAGAACAAGCCAGAGCAUCAGUUGAUGAUGUAACCAUAGAAGAUCUCGCUGGAUACAUGGAAUACUACCUAUAUAUUCCAAAGAAAAUGUCACACAUGGCAGAAAUGAUGUACACCUGACAUUCAGUUUCACACUUACUCCGAGUCAUGGGUGGAAAUUAACCGCAUGUUGGUUACUGAUCAAGCUUUCUGGUCUUUGAAUUUUCAGUUGUCACCAUUUUGUGUACAAUAAAACCCAUCUCUGCGUUCUGCGCAGAUUGUUGUUAAAUCACAAGGGUAAAAAAGGCUUAACUCCCCAAUAUAACUACCAGCAUUCAUGCCACUUAAAUAAAUGUUGCAUUAUAAGAGUUUUCAGGGAUAACCUCUACACCCAUUAAGAUGCUAUGAAAAAAGGCUCUAAAUGUGGUAACAUGAUUGUUAAUAAUUCAGUAAUGUAAACUGUGCUUUCAUUAUUUAUAAUACCCCUGAAUAAGUGGGCCACAUUCUGUGUCAAAACAAGGCUCUUCUACCUAUGUGUCACUAGUCAUGAAGUUGCAUGCAAGCAGCUGCUACCCAUUAAUCACGCUGGCGUGGAUUGUAGUGGAGUGUAGUAAUGAAUGAUCCUCUGCUAUAGCCCGUUCUAUGUUUUGUGGGCUAUUUCCAGGUUUGAAAUAUGCAACAGUCUCCAAAAUGCUCUAAAUAGAACCCCAGUGGGGGAAGAAACGGAACCAUUUCCAUGCAGUGUUGUUCAGACGCUAUUUUGAGACGGCUUCAUGGGAAAAUCAUUAUGUUCUUGCAGUGUUACAUGAAUGUUGGUCAUGUUAGAUUAACUUUUUGUGUUUAAAAACAUAGAGACAUUAGAUUCUGCAUUGUAAAGUGAAAAUAAUUUAUAAAAAUAAGAUUAGACUGUUUCCCCAGUUGCAGUGAUCUUUUCAGCCAGUGUAUUGAAAUGUUCUGGAGCUUGAAGCUAAAACACAGUAGAUUUAUGUCAGCCGAAUAAACAUUCAGUAAAAUAACAA